AUGUUGAUUCCACCGAUACUUGCUCCUUUAAUAUUGACCAAUUCAUCAUCUGAUGAAAAAACUAUUCCCACUGGAAACGAUCGGAAAAAGCUGAUACAAAUCAGUCCUGAUGAUGGGCAUCAUGAUUCUUUUGAUGACCUUAUCGAGCUUGACUAUAACAAAGUUGGGAAACAAGUCUUGAUAGAAGAAUUACGAUCCUGUGGUAAUUCUAGAGUAUUUAAAGACAGGAAGGAUAUCGACGCAAGCAGUACACUUAUGUCAAUUCUUGUGCUAACAAAAUUUAGAAGACUUUGA